GGCAUGACAAGCAAUUAAUCACCAUCACUUACACAGUAUAAAUGGUGCACUGUAAAUGCAGAAGGAUUUACACCUGCUAGAACUACACUACAAAAAUGAAGUUCAUUUUGGCUCUUGGUGUUGUGCUCACAGUCUCAGUAGCACUUUCCAAUGCUCAGUGUGAACAAGGGAAACCAACGUUUGAUUUAAAGUCAAGAACUGCAGUCUGUAAAUAUAAUGGAAAAGCGCAUAAAGUAGGCGAAGAAUGGACUGAAAAUUGUAUGAUGUGCUCUUGUUCCAAAGACGGCUUCCAAUGUUGCUCUAAAGCGUACAGGCCAGUAUUUGAUGAAGAGGAAUGUGAAUCUGUAUUUGAUGAGAAUGCAUGCAGCUAUAUAGUAACGAAAAAGAAUAACCCAGAUGAAACCUGUGAGAUCAAGGCAAUGGUCGGUUAACACAGAACACAGACAUUCUUCAGAUCAGCAGCAAAUAAAUAAUAUAAUAAAAUAAGAUUUGCUAUUUACUGUCUUAAAUUCGCUAGCAUUGCAAAAUUUAUUUCAGAAAUAUAAUUGUCCUAUAAAGAAUUAAUCACUGUUUUAGUCUCUAUAAUAUUGUUCAUUGUAGUACUAAAACGCUACAAAGAAUGUAUUUAAUAUAUGACAAAAAUAAAUAGUAUAAACUACAAAUUAUAUAUUAA